GGUUUGAAACACAUUUUAUUGGCAAGAAAUCCGGACUCUUUUAGCGAUUCGAAUCUGAAUACGAAUGAAUUCAACUUAUGUGCAAAUGCGACCCCGACCCCACCUGACGAGUAGAACGGCAUGAGGCAAAAGGCCAAAUGUCAUCUCUCCGUGUGUGAAGCGAAGACAUGAACUCUAAAACCCCGGUUCUCUCUCUUUCAAACCCCUUUCUCUAUGUAGUUAUAUCUUAUCCACUCCCCCCGCAAGGAAGAGAGGAAACAGAGAAAUGGCGUCUCUCUUAUCCUACGCACCUCUUUCCUCAAAAUAUAUUACCGGAAAAACUGGAAAAUUCUCUUAUAAUACGGACUCCAACUUCUUCUCCACUUGCUCCCCGAGCUCUCGAAAUGUAGUCGUUGUAGCUGCAAUUUCGACUUCGGAGAAGAAGGCUAGGAGAAAAAAACAUGCCAAAGGAGAUGAUUCUGCUGCUUCUAAUUCUUCCUCUUCUUCUACUGCUAUAUCGGCUGCCGAGAAAGGGCUGAGGCUUUCUUUCAUGGAGGAGCUUAUGGAACGUGCCCGAAGUCGCGAUGUUGCCGGAGUUUCUGAAGUCAUGUAUGACAUGAUUGCCGCUGGACUCAACCCUGGUCCUCGAUCAUUUCAUGGUUUGAUUGUCGCCCAUGCACUAAUAGGCGAUGACGAGGGCGCGAUGCAAUCACUGCGAAGGGAGUUGAGUGCAGGGCUUCGCCCUAUCCAUGAAACAUUUAUUGCAUUAAUUCGUUUAUUUGGAUCCAAAGGACAUGCUACAAGAGGGUUGGAAAUUCUUGCUGCGAUGGAAAAGCUAAAUUUUGACAUACGCCAAGCUUGGCUAGUUCUUGUUGAGGAGCUUGUCAGAAGCAAUCAUCUAGAUGAUGCAAAUAAAGUGUUUCUAAGGGGUGCUAAAGGAGGAUUGAAAGCGACUGAUGAGCUAUAUGAUCUGUUAAUCGAGGAGGAUUGUAAGGCUGGGGAUCAUUCCAAUGCUUUAACUAUUGCCUAUGAAAUGGAGGCUGCUGGGCGAAUGGCAACCACUUUUCAUUUUAACUGUCUUCUUAGUGUGCAAGCUACCUGUGGGAUACCGGAGAUAGCUUUUGCAACAUUUGAGAACAUGGAAUAUGGAGAAGAUUAUAUGAAACCUGAUACAGAGACAUAUAAUUGGGUGAUUCAAGCUUAUACCAGGGCUGAAUCAUAUGAUAGGGUCCAAGAUGUGGCUGAGUUACUUGGCAUGAUGGUUGAAGAUCAUAAACGUUUGCAACCAAAUGUGAAAACUUAUGUGCUAUUGGUGGAGUGCUUUACCAAGUAUUGUGUUAUAGGGGAGGCAAUCCGUCAUUUCCGUGCCCUUAAGAACAUCCCUGGGGGAAUGAAAGUUCUAUACAAUGAAGGGAGCUUUGGGGAUCCACUUUCUUUGUAUCUUAGGGCAUUAUGUCGAGAAGGAAGGGUUGUUGAGUUGCUUGAAGCAUUAGAAGCUAUGGCUAAAGAUAAUCAACCUAUUCCACCAAGAGCCAUGAUUUUGAGCAGAAAAUACCGAACAUUAGUUAGUUCGUGGAUUGAACCUUUGCAAGAGGAAGCUGAACUUGGAUAUGAAAUUGAUUAUAUUGCCAGGUACAUAGAAGAAGGGGGGCUUACAGGUGAGCGCAAGCGGUGGGUUCCACGGAGGGGUAAGACCCCUCUAGAUCCCGAUGCCCUUGGAUUUAUUUAUUCAAACCCAAUAGAAACCUCCUUCAAACAACGAUGUCUUGAGGAAUCAAAGAUGUACCAUCGGAAGCUUCUGAAGACCCUAAGAAAUGAAGGAAUUGCAGCUUUAGGAGAUGCAUCUGAAUCUGAUUAUCUCAGAGUAGAGGAAAGAUUAAAGAAGAUAAUAAAAGGUCCUGACCAAAAUGCUUUAAAGCCCAAGGCAGCUAGUAAGAUGAUAGUCUCUGAAUUGAAGGAAGAGUUAGAAGCACAAGGCUUGCCAACUGACGGAACUAGAAAUGUGCUUUACCAGAGAGUGCAAAAGGCAAGGAGGAUAAACCGUUCACGUGGCCGGCCUCUUUGGGUUCCACCUGUGGAGGAGGAAGAAGAAGAGGUUGACGAGGAAUUAGAUGAAUUAAUUUCUCGUAUUAAGUUGGAAGAUGGAAAUACAGAAUUCUGGAAACGACGUUUUCUUGGAGAAGGAUUAAAUGGUAAUCAUGACAAGCCAGAUGAUGACAUUGAAGAUUCAGAACUUCAAGAUAUGUUGAAUGACACUGAUGUUGUCGAGGAUGUUGCCAAAGAGGGUGAAGAUGAUGAAGUUGAUGAAGAGGAGGAGGAAGUUGAACAGACCGAAAGUCCAGUUGAAGACAGGGUUAAGGACAAGGAAACCGAAGCUGUUAAGCCUCUUCAAAUGAUUGGGGUCCAAUUGCUGAAGGAUUCUGAACAAACAAAUUCCACGGCGAGAAAAUCAAAGAAGAAAGUUUCCCGGAUAUCAGUAGAGGAUGAUGAUGAUGAUGACUGGUUUCCUGAGGAUAUUCAUGAAGCACUCAAGGUGAUGCGUGAAAGAAAGAUCUUUGAUGUACAGGACAUGUAUACCAUUGCUGAUGCUUGGGGUUGGACAUGGGAGAGAGAACUAAAGAAAAGACCCCCUCGAAGAUGGUCACAAGAAUGGGAAGUUGAGUUGGCAAUGAAAGUAAUGCAGAAGGUGAUCGAAUUGGGUGGAACACCAACUAUUGGGGACUGUGCAAUGAUAUUGCGUGCAGCCAUAAAAGCUCCACUCCCUUCAGCUUUCUUGAAAAUAUUGCGGACAACACACAGCCUUGGUUACAUCUUUGGGAGUCCCCUGUACGAUGAGAUAAUCUCUCUAUGUCUUGACAUCGGUGAGCUUGAUGCAGCCAUUGCAAUCGUUGCAGACAUGGAGACAACAGGAAUCACUGUCCCAGACCAAACCCUGGACAGGGUGCUUUCUGCUAGGCAGAGUAUUAAUAGCGUUGUUGUUGAUGAAUCAGGAUAGCUCCAAGAAGUAAAACUCCACAAGGGAAUAAACUUUAGAUACAUCACAAACCCAACCAGUAUUUACCAACCAUUCCAGCUGUUCUAGUGUAACAUGGUGCCUUGCAUUAUUAACUACACGGCACCACCUAAAUUUUGUUCUAUUUAUCAUUUUUUUCUUUCUUUUGUAUGUAAUAUUAUAUACCCCUAUGCUAGAAUCUUUAUGAACGAAUCUGCAUCUGUAUUUGUAUUUUUUAUGAUUUGGUAUAUAUAUCAAAAGGUCCCAUGAACUUGAGGCU